GUGUCAUGCUGAGGUUUGAGUUGAAUUGAGUAGAUUUUUGUGAUUAUUGGUUAGAAUUUAACUAAACUUAAACAAUUAAUAAAGUUAAAUCCUAUAUCUAAUAAUAAAAGAAAACUAUUUUAAUUAAUAUUUUUGGAUUUUACUGAAUAUCAUUUCAUUACGUUUGUUUUCUUUGUUUCCGCAGUAAAUAAUUGAUGAUAGAUUUAAUGAUAUUGUUUACAUCCAUUUAAUUGUUAACUUAUCAUCCAGCGCAAGAAUUUGUGAAUUAAACCAAACAACCUAUAUCCGUUUACCUAUGAAUAAUCAGGCGCUUAAGGUAGGUGAGAUAUUCAGAGAGGCGGGCACAGCAUUCAACAAGCUCUCAGAAAUGACAAUGAUGCUACAUCCUAUGGCAGAUACUCAGUCUGGAGGUAAAUGGACUGAUGAAGAGAUUGAAAUGCUUCGCGUGUGUGUACAUCGGUUUGCUAAUGAUCUCACCAAACUGGGCCAUCACAUCAAGAGCAGGACAGGUUCCAAAAACCGCGCAUCAAUCAAGAAGAAGGCAUUCGAGGACGCAGGUAUACCGUCGAGGCAGGUAAGCCGCAUCGCGCCCAGGGUCGGGAAACCAGCGACCCAGGUAGUGGCGCCCCUCAACAUCGUCCAAGGAGUUCUAAGAAAUAACGCCGAGGUGACGUUGAACAUGUUGAACGCGACGGAGAACGAAAUCGACGUGGAAGGUUUGACAGGUGAAGUGAAACUCGAAUUCGAUGGCAGCACUGAAGAGGUGUCCGUUUGAGAGGAGGCAUUUAAUAUAUCUCUGUCUGCAUACAAUAUUCUCGUUAUAAAUGGCAAAUUUGCAACAAUUUUGUAAAAUCUGUCAGACAAUUCAUUAACUUUGACGUAUUUUUCGUAUCUUGUGAAACGUAUUGUUAGAGUACGCGCAAGAUAACAGCUCGCGAUUGGUGGCGCUCUUGAUGUCGGCUUUAUCGCGAUCUCUUUUACCCGCCAAGAGAUAGAUAGAGAUAGAAGACAAGAUGUCGGCAUUUGAUUAGUUAUUGAUUUUGGUCAAGCGCAAACUUACCGUGCGCGCACUCUAACAAAAAUCACAAUGCCAAUUAGGUAAUGUCAUGUUUUAAACUGUUAUCUCAAGUCAUCAAGGUCACAGUUUUGUCUUGUCCAAUUUAAGCUUAAUUAAUAUUGAGAAAAUGUUGUUUAUUUUGUAGGUAAUUAAAUUAGUAGUAGUGGAUUUGUAUGAAAUACAUAAAUCAUAUAUCUUACACUACUAGCUAUCAAAGUCAAAUAAAAACUGAAAAUAUUUUACGAAAAUUUUAAAAUUACAUGUGUAUUGUUGCUGGCCAAAGAAUUGAUUGAUCUCCUUUCGUAUAAGUUCACUAACAUACAUCAAAGUUAGUGAAUUGGACGGCUGGACCUCGUUUGAUAAAAAUUAAAUGAAUUAGCAGUUCUGACUACAUUUUUUAGGUUAUAUAAGCGUGUUCGAUAAUUAAAUUUUAUUUGCGUGGUGAUUGAUUGUGCUCAAAUUUCAAUUAUUGGAUAUCUCGUUGCAAAUAUCUUAACACACACACUACCAUGUGCGUAUUAUAGGCACAGUUUUAAUAAUAAUAAUAACUAUAUACACAUCCAAACAAUAUUUGAUUAACACAGAUACAUAAUAAUAGUUAAUAUUUUAUACUUUUUUGUCUUAAAAUUAAUUCAUAAUAAUAGGACGAAAUGCGCUUUUUUAUAGUGAGCGACAACUUUAAAACUUUAUUUUCUAGUAAACCUAAAAUAAUGAUAUUUUGAAGGUGAAUUAAUUUUAUUUUAACAACGGGACCUAAAUGAUCAUUUUUAACCAAAAAAAUUUGUGAGAAAUGUAAUCAUUUUAACAAAAAUGUAAUUAUUUUAACAAAACUUGAAUAUAGUAAAAGCUCCAUAAUCGCCGGGGAGACGUUCUGUAAAUGUGCCGCGAAUAUGGAAUGGUGUUUUAUAUGGGAUCAUAUGGAAUACGUUCUUGGAUGAAAAAAUGGAAAACAAAUCCAUUUAUGAAAAAAAUAAAUCAAUUGAAGUUUUGUGACCAAAUGUUGUUAUUUUUUUCUUGUUUGACAGAUUUGAAAGCUUCUUUAAUUCGGAGUGAUAUUCAGCACUGGCAUUCUUAAACCUUUAUUUUAUUACAUCACAUACCUCAUAUACUAUUCCAUUCCAUUUGAAUUUCGGCAAAAUUUGCAAGUGAAAGUAUAUAUUUGAUAUGUAUUACGUUGUUUUCGGCAUUUAGAUUCGCGGAUAACGAAAUCUUUAACCUCGAAUAAAGGCAAUGAGUAGGAAUAUUUUGACAAAUAAAGGAGGCGCGAAUAAGGAGCUUUUACUGUAGUGGGUGGGUAGAGCUAGUACUGUAUGUGGUGUACUUACGAAUCCUAUAGUUUUUAAAUCAAAGUAUAGUAUGAUAAAUGAAAUACGGGAUACUCAAUCUUCGGCCUAGCGUGCUUCAAUAUCACAUAAAAUAUCACUCUCUUUUGUUGCAAUGGGAUGCAAUACUAUUUUAAUUUAAUUAUUUAUUAUUUCAUAUCAUUUACAUUAAUUAUCAUUAUUGUAAUGUUUAAUUUUCAAUAAAUUAUUUCAGUUUGUGCAUGUGAAAGAGUACUUUUAUUUUGUUUUUACCAUAUUUAAUUUUAUAUCACUUUAUUUUUUUUAUUUUUAAUUGCUUCAUUGGCCCUGUCGUUAGCUGAUUCGGGGGGCUGGCAAUGUCCAAUCGGCCUUGGGCGGUAAAAAAGUACAUUUUAAAGCUUUUCUUUACACUAAUAAGCGCUACGUCCAGUUUAUAGCAUAAGUCUAAGUUACCGAGGUCAUUAUAAAUAAAUAAAUUAUUAUCUAGAAACAGACACUGCCAAUGACUUUGACCUAUCAAGAUCUUUCUUUUGCUGAAGUACUUCAGCCACAGAAAGUGAUAGUAAAAGAUCAACAUCAUCUUCAUCAUAUCAGCCGAUGGACGUCCACUGCAGGACAGAGACCUUUCGUAGGGACUUCCAAACAUCACUAUACUGAGCCACCUGUAUCCAGCGAAUCCCUGAGACUCGCUUGAUGUCGAUAGUCCACCUGGUGGAGAGUCGGCCAACACUGCGCUUACUAGUGCGGGGUCGCCAUUCCAGCACUUUGGGACCCCAACGUCCAUCGGCUCUUCGUACUAUGUGCCCCGCCCAUUGCCACUUCAGCUUCGCAACUCGCUGAGCUAUGUCGGUGACGUUGGUUCUUCUGCGGAUAUCCUCAUUUCUGAUUGGUAAAAGAUAGUCUUAUUAUUUUUGGCCGCCAUUCAGCAGUUGCCCAGAAAAGCUCUUGUUGCAGUGACCAGAAUCUUCAACAGGGUACUCCGCACUGCCCACUUUCAGGAUACGUGGAAAAAGGGGAAAAUCACCCCCCAUCUCCAAACCAGGGAAAGAUCGAAGACGGGCUGAGAACCAUCGGCUCUUAACGUUACUGCCGCUCAUCGCCAAGCUGUUCGAACGUCUGCGCUGCGAAGGCUAUUAUCCCACAUCCAACUGCUGUACGAGCAGUUUGGCCUCUACAGCAGCCACUCCACGAUGCUCCAGCUGGCACGAGGUUUCCAUCAUAUCGCCAGCGAAAAGAACAGAGGGCUCUGCACUGUCAGGGUCUUCCUAGACAUCGAGAAGGUCUUCGACCUUGUGGAGCUUGCCGGCCUUCUGGCGAAGCUUCUCUCAAACACUACCGUGCCAUCAGUGCUUGUGCGACUAGUGAUGUCCUACCUUUCGAACUUUUUACGUCUCCUAGUUGACAGAGCGGGCAAAUUACGUAAUACCAACAUCAUGCCAUCAGUAGAUAUCGUGGAGGAUUAUGUUUAUCUUGGAUCUCAGAUUUGCAGUGAUGGCAGCUGUAUGCCAGAAAUAAAGAGACGCAUUGCGAUGGCGAAAAGUGGCAUGACCCGAUUGAACUAAAUCUGGAAGAAUAGAGGCAUAUCAAACAACACCAAGAGUCGCCUUGUCCGUGUCUUAAUAUUCUCGAUUUUUAUGUAUGGAGUAGAAACUUGGACCAUAAAAACAAGAGAAAGGCUUAGGAUAGACGCGUUCGAGAUGUGGUGCUGGAGGCGCAUGUUAAGAAUACCUUGGACAGCUAAGCGCACAAACGUGUCUAUUCUAUCGCAUCUCGGAAUCAAGGUUAGGCUUUCCUCCUUAUGUUACCAACGCGUACUAGGGUAUUUCGGGCACAUUAUACGGGUGACUACAGUUUGGAGAAGUUAAUAAUAACAGGCAUCACUGACGGGAAAAUACCGAGGGGCCGCUCACCAACAAGAUGGGCUGACCAGCUGAAGGAGGAUAAAGGGACGAAGUUCUACACUAUAGCAGCGAUGGCCACCAACAGAAGCCAAUGGAAGGCGUGGACCUGCAGGAGGCUGGGAUCUACCAGGACCACGAUCUUCAGUAAUGAAGGAACGACUAUAGAGAGAUAGGAGGACGCGGAUUCUCAGCUACUUUAUGUGCAGGAAUACGAGGGCUGCCUUUUAAGUCGUAUCGUUUGCUAACAUCCCAUGAUUAAAGAAACAUAUAGCAUUUUUAUCUUCUAGAAUUUAGAAUUCGAAAACAAAACAAUGUUUUCAGAAUUUCGAAUAGUUUUAUUGUAUCGUCUAUUCAAAGGUGACAAAUAGGUUGUGAAAAAAAGAAAUAUCUAAGGAAAAUUUGCGUGCGAUAAUUUUCUAAGGGGAUUAUCGCAACUUCAGUGCUUUGAGAAUAUCACAUUUGGGUUUAGUGAUGCCGCACCAUGUCUUAGGGCUGUAGAACGCUGGUAUUUAGAAUUUCAGCGAGGGCACUCAAGCCUCAGUGACAAGCGACGUGAACAUCGUCAAAAAACCAUUACGUAAGAGAAUAUCGAAGCUCUGCGGCAGCUUAUCUUCGAAGAUCGUCAUAGUUAUGACAUACCGUGAAAUAGAGGCCUCAAUGGGCAUUUCACCAUACCAGAACCAAAACGGAAUAAACUACCGAUUAUCCCUACUGCUGCUUCAAUGUCUAAGCUCCGGUGCGUAAAUAGACAGUCAUUAUCAACCCACAUUCGGCUCACUGCUGCACAUUGCUGCAUGGAAAAUUGUAUGCAUUGUGAGACUGACGGUGCGUGCGUCGCCCUCUUUCGUUAUUCGUUUCAACGCAACCCACUAUUGAGACAUCACUCUUGGUUGCAUAGGUAAAUUGUUUCCCAUAUUAUCAUUACUUAGCAAUUUUAUUGGUUUCCCAGAGACCAGUUCCCUAAUUUAUAUAGCGUUAAAAUAAUGUAACAAUUAUUAAUUGACGAUUAAAUAUAACCUUAAACGUUUGAUUGGAUAAAAUAUUAUUUUAAUUUAACCUAGAGAUACAAGGACGCUGAUGACGAUUUAUGUAAAUUACCAAAUAGUUUUAUGCAAUCAAGUAACUUAAUAUUAUGUAAAUAUUGAUAAAUCAAUCGCAAAAAUCAAAGUUAUAUAAACGAGUAGCCUGUACAGUUGUAGUUCGUGCCUAGCUAGAUUUACCUACAUAGUAAAAUCUUUACCCAUCUUUCAACGAACAAAAUAUUGUAUCUAUCUAAGUCGGCUUACAGACGACAAUUUUACGUGAUGAACGCUCAAAAAUAAAGUUCCAAUACGUUAGAUUUUCGAAAUGCACAACUAUAAACUAUUUACUAACCUACUUUAUCAUAAUCUGACGUGCUGUGCACCAAUAUUAAGGGCUCAUACUUGGUGGAGGUAAUCAACAACGUUCAAGGUAUAGUCCCUUAUACUAAUCUGACGCGCUCGAGUAACUGAAAAAAUCCCCUCUUCGGCUCUCCCCUUCUAUCAGUAGUGUGCGUCGUACCCUAAUAAUCAAAAUCAAUACGCGUCAUGGCUUUUCUUCAUUGCCACAGCGCGUUGAGAUCAAAUAGCAUGUCAGCCACGAUAAGAAUAUCGCUAUUUGGUCUUUCUGUGAUUGCCGCGUCGUGCGCGUUUUCAUUAGAGCCAUAACACAAAUUUCGCCAUGUGGAUGUUUUACUGUGACCACAACGCGUUGUGAGCUAUUUUUCCGCUCACUGAGCGUUUUCGAUCUUUGAGCGUAACAUACCUAUUUUAAAAUAAUAACUCCUCUGAUAAAUAUUUCAUUACAUUUUUAUAGUAAUUAGGUCUUUUAGAAUUUUUAAUUUCACUCUACUCAUUCGGAAUGGGACUCUCUGUCGUGCUUGUGGUCGGCGUUAAUCGAUUCUUAGGACGUUACUUAGGACAACGAUAUUUUGUAGUAUUUUUUUAAAAUUAAAUCACAAUAUAGGUAAUAUGUAUACAGUAUGUCACAAUAGCAACAUUUGUCGCCUCUGUAGCUACGUAAGACUUAACUGUUCUAGUUCACCAAUGCAUAUUCUCUGUCUUAUCAGAUAUUAUCUACUAGCGGACCUGGUCAAGCUUCGCUUUGACCUACGUGCACUUCUUCCCUGCCCACCCUACACCUACCCUACCCUACCCAUAACCAACCCUACCACUACCAUACUCCAAUCUCACCCUACACCCACCCUACCCUACCACUACCCUACUCCAAUCUCACCCUCCACCUGCCCUAUUCUACUCCACCCAACCCUAUCCCUACCCUACCCCUCUUUUAAGUUUUAUAACGAAUCGUUUUUACGAGUAUAGAAAAGUGUUGUUUUAAGACUUUUCUUUUAAUAAAUUGGUAUUUUUUAUAUUACACAAACCUUGUCCUUACAAUAACGAAUACAUAAAACAAGAAUAAUCCAAUUAGGUGCAGUCGUUCAAAAGUUAUGGGCGUAGUAUACCUACAUUUCAAUGAUCCAUUUUAAUUUAGAUAGAUGAGGUUUAUUUUAUUUUAUUUAACCAAGUAACAUUGCCAUUAUUUAUAUAAAAUAUCGCUAUAACACUCUCGAUCUAGAUUUUAUUCUAUAAUUGCUAUGUUUAGUUGUAAGGGUAGGUACGUUGCCGUAGAUAGAGCCAUAACUUAAAUUUAUGAGAGGCAUGCGUACAAUAAACUUGUACCUCAUCCCUCUUCAUUCUUAAGCUGGAUUUUCACUUAACAUCAGGUGAUAUCGCAGUAAAGUGAUAAGCAUUCAUUUACACGAGCAGCAACUCUACCAGCGACCGCAGUCGGCUGCAGUCAGCAACGUCUCGGCGGCAGCCAACGGCAGUUGUCGGUAGCAGCUGCCGCUCAUGUAAAUGAACACUUAGGUUGUAUGCCAUAUAUGGUUAUGAGAUAGUAAUUAAAGGUAUGUAUUAUUAUUGUUACCUAUGUAUGCAUUCCAUAGUGUAACAGUAGUAAAGGAAUGAGAGAGAUAUAAACAGUUAUGUAAAUAUAUCUACGUAUAAGCAACGGUUACCUACCGAACUAAGUGUACCUAGAUUUAAAUACGUAGAGCACGUGGUAAAAUGUCGGGUGAAUAACUAAUAAGUAGUUGAUAAUUUCGUAAAAAAAAAUAUAAAAAUACAAAAAAAGUUACGACUACUCUAUCUACUUUAUUAGGGUUAUGUGCGUACCUAGUUAAAAAUGAAAAAAUAAUA